AUGAAACGACGCCGUCUCGAUGAUCUCUUCCGAUCUUCAUACUCUAAAUCCGUCUUGGCGGUGGACAGAUCGGCGCAUGUAGUGAAGAGAAAAAGGCGUAACAAGGCGUAUUUGAGGCAUGGCGAUCCCCAUAGGCGAAUAACAGAGUACUUAAACCGCUUCUACGACGCCGUUUCAUCAGAUGGUUCUACCCUAAACAGCUCUUCGCCGUUCUCUUCAAACUCCCCAUCUCUCCUUUCCCUCGCCGACGCCUUGAAUGUCUAUCAGUGGUCCAAACAGUACGAUAAAUUCUCACAGUUUGGUGAUAUCACGAUUCCUCUUUUUCGUUCUCUACAAAACUAUAGACUUGGUCAGUUGGUUGAUUCCUAUCAAGCCUUUGAGAAAUCUGCUAGUACUUGUUGCAGUGCCUUUUUGCAGGAGUUUCGUAAUUGGGAAUCAGCUUGGGCAUUGGAAACUAUAUUUGUGGUUGCCUAUGAAAUUAGGGUUCUUGCAGAGAAGGCUGACAGAGAAUUAGCCUCGUUGGGAAAAAACCCGGAGAAGUUGAAAGGGGCUGGUUCAUUCUCAUGAAGUUUUUGUGUUCUUGCUGGAAAAGGCUCAAAACGCAUUGGGUCGCUAUAUGUAACAUGCCAAUUAUUCAAAAUUUAUUUUAAGCUUGGUACAGUUCACCUUUGUCGAAGUGUGAUCAGAAGCAUUGAAACUGCGCGUAUCUUUGACUUUGAGGAAUUUCCUAUACGAGAUAAGGUCACCUACAUGUAUUAUACUGGUCGCUUGGAGGUCUUCAAUGAAAACUUUCCUGCUGCUGAUCAAAAGUUCUUAUGCUUGACACACUGUAAUCCUCACAGUGAUGCUAAUAUAAGAAUCUUGUCCCUUUUCUUUUCAACAGAUGAUUUGAAAUACUUGAUACCCGUGAAGCUUUCUAUAGGCAUCCUUCCCAAACACUAUCCCCUUGAGAAAUAUAACUUGGUUGAGUACAGUAAUAUUGUCCUGGCUUUGAGAAGGGGUGAUUUGCGGCUACUUAGGCAAGCGCUGCAAGAGCAUGAAGAUCGGUUUUUAAGAUCUGGGGUCUACCUUGUACUUGAGAAGCUAGAGCUCCAAGUAUAUCAAAGAUUGAUGAAGAAAAUCUACUUCAUCCAGAAGGAAAAGGAUCCAAGUAAAGCACACCAGAUCAAGUUAGAGGUUAUCGUUAAGGUAUUGAAGUGGCUUGAGAUUGAAAUGGACAUUGACGAGGUGGAAUGUAUAAUGUCCAUUCUCAUAUACAAGAAUCUUGUGAAAGGGUAUUUUGCCCACAAGAGCAAGGUGGUAGUUUUGAGUAAGCAAGAUCCUUUUCCUAAGUUGAGUGGCAAACCUGUAAAUCCCUAGUAGUCAUGGAGGAGGAAGUAGUAAGAUCUUGUUUUAGCUAACUGAGGCGCGGUAUUCAUUAGUUCAUGUAUUCGAGUGCGGCAUUAUUUUGUAAUUUAGUACGAAACCUUUGAUUUUUUAUAUAGCAACAUUUCGGAAAUGAGAUUGAACUCCAAGACCAAUAAAUGGAACCCGCAGCAGGUACUAAACACACUAUUUAUUGGUUUUGCCUGGAAUUAUUUGUAAGCUUUUGUA